UGUUGUAGUUGUUGUAUGGGAUGCAGGUUUCACUCAUCUACUGUCUUUGCAGCUGAGAAGGAACCAGAAGUUCAUUUACGACAGCUCAAAAGGUUUUCUUUGCGCGAGCUACAAGUUGCCACGGAUACCUUUAGCAACAAAAAUAUUCUUGGUAGAGGUGGAUUUGGUAAGGUUUAUAAAGGACGCUUAGCUGAUGGAACUCUGGUUGCUGUAAAAAGACUUACAGAGGAGAGAACCCAAGACGGGGAACUACAGUUCCAAACAGAAGUUCAAAUGAUUAGCAUGGGUGUCCACCAUCGCAAUCUGCUUCGUCUGCAUGGUUUUUGCAUGACACCAACAGAAAGGCUGCUUGUAUAUCCUUAUAUGGCUAAUGGAAGUGUGGCAUCUUGUUUAAGAGAUCGUCCACAAGGACAACCUGCACUUGAUUGGCCAAUAAGACAACGCAUUGCAUUGGGAUCUGCAAGAGGCCUUGCUUAUUUACAUGAUCACUGUGAUCCAAAAAUUAUUCACCGUGAUGUGAAAGCUGCAAACAUAUUGUUGGAUGAGGAAUUCGAAGCAGUUGUUGGAGACUUUGGGUUGGCUAAACUCUUGGACAACAAGGAUACAUAUGUUACCACACAUUCAUGUGGCACAUUUGGUCAUAUAGCACCGGAGCACUUUUCAACUGGAGUGUCUUCCGAGAAAACUGAUGUUUAUGGAUACGGAGUCCUGCUUCUUGAACUCAUCACUGGGCAGAGGGCAGUCAAUCCUCAGGUUGCGAGUGAUGAUGAUUUCAUGUUAGUUGAUUGGGUCAAACGACUACUGAAAAAUCGGAGGUUGGAAAGACUUGUUGAUGCUGAUCUAAAUGGAAAUUAUAUUGAUGAUCAAGUGGAGCAGCUGAUCCAAGUAGCUCUACUGUGCACACAAGGCUCCCCAGGGGAACGGCCCAAGAUGUCAAAGGUUGUCCGAAUGCUUGAAGGCGAAGGCGAAGGUUUGCCUGAAAGAUUGGAGGAGUGGCAAAAAGAGGAGGUGAUCCGCCAAGAUUUCAACACUAUUCAUCAUCCAAGUAACACUGCUAUUGGGGCUAUUGCUGGAGGGGUUGCUGUUGGUGCUGCUUUACCAUUUGCUGCACCUGCAAAAUGGAGAAAACCACAGGAUCAUUUCUUUGAUGUACCUGCUGAGGAGGAUCCAGAAAUUCUUUUACGACAGCUCAAAAGGUUUUCUUUUCACGAACUGCAAGUUGCAACGGGUACCUUUAGUAACAACAAUAUUAUUGGUAGAGGUGGAUUUGGUAAUGUUUAUAAGGGACGCUUAGCUGAUGGAACUCUGGUUGCUGUAAAAAGACUUAAAGAGGAGAUAACCCGAGGCGGGGAGCUACAGUUUCAAACAGAGGUUGAAAUGAGUAGCAUGGCUUUCCACCGCAAUCUGCUUCGUCUGCGUGGUUUUUGCAGGACACCGACAGAAAGGAUGCUUGUAUAUCCUUAUAUGGCUAAUGGAAGUGUGGCAUCAUGUUUAAGAGGUACUCUUCUAAAUUGGUUGCUGCAUCGUCCAGAAGGACAACCUGCACUUGAUUGGUCAAUAAGACAACACAUUGCAUUAGGAUCUGCAAAAGGCCUUGCUUAUUUACAUGAUCACUGUAAUCCAAAAAUUAUUCACCGUGAUGUGAAAGCAGCAAACAUACUGUUGGAUGGGGAAUUCAAAGCAGUUGUUGGAGACUUUGGGUUGGCUAAACUCAUGCACCACAAUGAUACCACAGCCGUACGCGGCACAAUUGGUCAUAUAGCGCCAGAGUACCUUUUAACUGGAAAAUGUUCUGAGAAAACUGAUGUUUUUGGAUACGGAGUCAUGCUUCUUGAACUCAUCACUGGGCAGAGCGCUUUAGAUCUUGCUCGGCUUGCGAAUGAUGAUGAUGUCAUGUUACUUUAUUGGGUCAAAGAACUAUUGAAAGAUCGGAGGUUGGAAACACUUGUCGAUGCUGAUCUAAAUGAAAAUUAUGUUGACGAUCAAGUGGAGCAACUCAUCCAAGUUGCUCUACUGUGCACACAAGGCACCCCAGGGGAACGACCCAAGAUGUCAGAGGUUGUCCAGAUGCUAGAAGGCAAUGUUUUGGAUGAAAGAUGGGAGGGGUGGCAAAAAAAGGAGUUGGUCCGCCAAGAUUUGGUCCGCCAAGAUUUCAAACCUAAUCAUCAUCCACGUACUAAUUGGAUCAUAGACUCAACUUCUCAUAUUCCUGUGGAAGAGUUGUCCAGUCCCAGAUGA